GGUAGCUAGAGAGCCGUGCGUCCAUGUGCGCAGUGCCUGGGGUUUCAUAGAUUGCUGAACCUAUCGAAUCCGAGCCAUACCAGAAUCUAGAUAUGGAUCCCAACUCCUUGAUUGAGGCCCUGCGGGGCACAAUGGACCCGAAUCAGCGUGAAGCCGCAGAGAGACAACUGAAUGAGGGUCACACCCAGGUUAAUUUCGUUUCCACGUUACUGCAGGUGACCAUGUCUGAACAGCUGGAUCUGCCUGUUCGACAAGCAGGUGUGAUCUACUUGAAGAACAUGGUGACACAGUACUGGAGUGAGGGCGACACCACUAACAACGAGGCCCCCACUAGCAACAUCCCAGAAGAAGACCGGCAUUUCAUCCGAAACAACAUCGUGGAGGCAAUCAUCCAGUCCCCAGAGCGCAUCAGGGUACAGCUUGCAACUUGUAUUCACCACAUGAUUAAACACGACUACCCUAGCAAAUGGACAGCCAUUGUGGACAAGAUUGGCUUCUACCUCCAGUCUGACAACAGUGCCUGCUGGCUGGGCAUACUUCUGUGUCUCUACCAGCUGGUGAAGAACUAUGAGUAUAAGAAACCUGAGGAGCGCCAGCCUCUGGUGGCAGCCAUGCAGAUCUUUAUGCCCAUGCUAAAGGAUCGUUUUAUCCAACUGCUUCCCGAUCCUUCCAGUGAAUCAGUGCUGGUGCAAAAACAGAUCUUUAAGAUCCUCUAUGCCCUUUUUCAGUAUAAUCUUCCUCUGGAGCUGAUCAACCGGCAGAACUUGACUGAGUGGAUGGAGAUUUUGAAGACUGUGGUAGACAGAGAUGUGCCUCCGGAGACCCUGCAGGUCGACGAGGACGAGAGGCCAGAACUGCCAUGGUGGAAGUGUAAGAAGUGGGCCCUCCACAUCUUGGCCCGGCUCUUUGAGAGGUAUGGCAGCCCUGGCAACACAACCAAAGAGUACACAGACUUUGCUGAGCUUUUCCUGAAGGGAUAUGCCGUGGCAGCCCAGCAGGUACUGCUGAAGGUCUUGUAUCAGUACAAGGAAAAGCAAUAUGUAGCUCCAAGAGUCCUACAGCAGACACUGAACUAUAUCAACCAAGGGAUUGCACAUGCUAUUACCUGGAAGAACCUGAAACCACAUAUCCAGGGCAUCAUCCAGGAUGUAGUUUUCCCACUGAUGUGCUACACUGACAGCGAUGAGGAGCUGUGGCAGGAGGAUCCUUAUGAGUAUAUCCGCAUGAAAUUUGACGUGUUUGAGGAUUUCAUCUCUCCUACCACGGCUGCUCAGACCCUGUUAUUCACUGCCUGUAAUAAAAGGAAAGAAGUCCUGCAAAAGACCAUGGGUUUCUGCUACCAGAUCCUCACUGAGCCCGCUUCAGAUCCUCGCAAGAAAGAUGGAGCUCUCCACAUGAUUGGCUCUCUGGCUGAAAUUCUGCUCAAGAAAAAGAUCUACAAAGACCAGAUGGAAUUCAUGUUGCAGAACCAUGUCUUCCCUCUCUUCCGCAGUGAGCUGGGUUACAUGAGAGCCAGGGCUUGCUGGGUCCUUCAUUACUUCUGCGAAGUCAAGUUCAAGAGUGACCAGAACUUGCAGACGGCUUUGGAACUGACUCGCCUCUGUCUCAUCAAUGACAAUGAGAUGCCUGUCAAAGUGGAGGCUGCUAUUGCCCUGCAGGUCCUCAUCAGCAAUCAGGAGAAAGCCAAAGAGUACGUCACCCCCUUCAUCAGACCAGUGAUGCAGGCCCUCCUCCACAUUGUGCGUGAGACUGAGAACGAUGACCUCACCAACGUCAUCCAGAAGAUGAUCUGCGAGUACAGCGAAGAGGUCACUCCUAUUGCCGUGGAGAUGACACAGCAUCUGGCCAUGACAUUUAACCAGGUCAUUCAGACUGGACCAGAUGAGGAAGGGGGAGAUGACAAAGCAGUGACAGCUAUGGGCAUCCUCAACACAAUCGACACACUGCUGAGUGUGGUGGAGGACCACAAAGAGAUUACACAACAGCUGGAAGGCAUUUGCCUGCAGGUGAUUGGAACUGUCCUACAGCAACAUGUUUUGGAAUUCUAUGAGGAGAUCUUGUCCCUGGCCCACAGUCUGACAUGCCAGCAAGUAUCACCACAAAUGUGGCAGCUCCUCCCUCUUGUCUUUGAGGUUUUUGAGCAGGAUGGCUUCGACUACUUCACAGACAUGAUGCCACUCCUCCACAACUAUGUCACAGUUGAUACAGACACACUGUUAUCCGACACCAAAUACCUUGAAAUAAUCUACAGCAUGUGCAAGAAGAUUUUAACAGGAGAUGCUGGGGAAGACCCAGAGUGUCAUGCAGCCAAACUCUUGGAAGUCAUAAUCUUGCAAUGCAAAGGUCGUGGUAUUGACCAGGUUGUGCCCUUGUUUGUCGCAUUAGCACUGGAGAGGUUAACACGGGAAGUGAAGACAAGCGAGCUGAGGACCAUGUGCCUGCAGGUGGCCAUCGCUGCACUAUACUACAGCCCUCCUCUGCUCCUCAACACCCUGGAGAACCUCCGCUUCCCCAACAACACUGAGCCCAUCACCAACCACUUCAUCUCUCAGUGGCUCAAAGAUGUUGACUGCUUCCUUGGGCUCCAUGACAGAAAAAUGUGUGUUUUGGGCUUGUGCGCUCUCAUUGACCUGGAACAGAGGCCACAGGCUAUUAACCAAGUGGCUGGUCAGUUGCUCCCCGCAGCCAUUCUGCUAUUUAAUGGCCUGAAGAGGGCCUAUGCUUGCCGCGCCGAGCAUGAGAAUGAGGAUGACGAGGAUGAUGAAGAUGGAGAAGAGGAUGAGGACAAUGCUGAACUUGGCAGUGAUGAGGAUGACAUUGAUGAAGAGGGCCAGGAAUACCUCGAAAUGUUAGCUAAGCAUGCAGGAGAGGAUGGUGAUGAUGAAGACUGGGAGGAGGACGAUGCAGAGGAGACCGCACUAGAGGGCUACACUACAGCAAUUGAUGAUGAAGACAACCCAGUCGAUGAGUACCAGAUCUUCAAAGCCAUAUUACAAAACAUACAGAGCCGUGACCCAGCUUGGUACCAGGCGCUUGCGCAAAACCUUGAUGAGGAACAGGGAAAACAGCUUCAGGACAUCGGCACACUUGCAGAUCAGAGACGAGCAGCUCACGAAUCAAAGAUGAUUGAAAAACACGGUGGAUAUAAGUUCACAGUUCCAGUGGUGCCAACCAACUUCAACUUUGGAGGCAGCGCUCCUGGAAUGAAUUGAGUCAUCCUUUCCCCCUUCCUAAACUCUUUGACUGAUUGUAGUGAAGUGAAAAAAAAGCUUGUGUUGUUCCCUCAAGUAGUGGUUCCAGAACUGGUUCUUCACACAUUCUUCAAUCUGACUAUCAAAUUGGACAGCACCAGAAGAUGUGGGAAGGCAACCAAAUGCAACCAAUGGCUGGGAAAACAAACCAAGAGCUUCAGUGGACAGCAAGUGAAAAAAGAAGCGCUGAACACCAUCGUCUUAUGGAAUCCAAAAACAGAGGGAUACCAUGAUGGCAGCUCUUUUUUCCCCCCACUCACACAUAAUGGAGGCUAAAAAUAGAAAUUGAUAAUGGGAUUUAAUGUAAAAUCAUUUUCACUGUACUGGCCAAAAGGCUUCUAUAACAUUAUACCUCUGGCAGUAGUGUGUCAGCAUUUUUCUGCAUCAAAAAAAAAAAAAAUCUCAUAUCUGUCAGUGUAUAUACAGGCCAAGAUUCUUGAUUUUGAAAUAGCUUGGCAAAACACCCAGAGGCAUUUGUAAGGUGUCAACAAAACGUAUUCAAAUGUAGCAUAUUGGAUACUUGUCAUAGCACUAUGUGAUGCCUGAUAUCUGUAAAUUAAUGACUAGCACUUUCAUAAUGUUCAGGUCUCAAGCCUUCUGUAUCAGACUGCAAUUUUUUUUAAGGAAAAAAAAAAACAAUUGAAACUAUUUAAAACAAAAAUAUACCGUAACUUUGUUACUUUAAGGACAUAAUGGCUUGUCUAAUGUCUGGUUGUCACAUGGAUUGGUUACGGUCAAGGAAGCAAUAUCAUCUCUUGCUUCUACUGGAAAAGUUCCAAAAAAGAGAAUGCUCUUGGUGUUCAAUGUGGAUACAAGACAUUGUGUUGUGAGCACUGAAAGUCAUUUGAGUACUUCAUUGAAGCAUGUAAAAUUGGACUGGAUCGUGGUGGUCUCAAGCAUUUGGUUGAAGUAUGGGUAAACCAUCUAUAUAUAUACAACAUAUUAAAAAAAAAAAUGAAGUUUG